AUAAGAUCUAGGCGUUGAGCUUUCUUUUGUUUCAUUUCUGAGAUUUCUUCAGCUGCAUUCACAAUCUUCCUUUCUUCUUCUCUCUACUUCGGGAGGAGAAAUGGGCGAGACUCUGCCGUUUCUUCGCAAUAGCUACUGGAUUCUAAGGCACGGCAAGAGCAUCCCGAACGAAAAUGGAUUUAUUGUCUCUUCAAUGGAAAAUGGCACGCUUGAGGGCUUUGGACUGGCUCCUGAGGGUAUCCGGCAAGCAAAAUUGGCUGGUGAAUUGUUGGAUGAGGAACUCAAGGCCAAAAAUAUAUCUAUAGAAACUGUUAGAAUAUGUUAUUCCCCAUUUUCUAGAACUACUCAAACAGCUAAAAUAGUUGCUGAUGUGCUGGGUAUCUCAUUUGAAAGUUUCCAGUGUAAGGAAAUGACUGAGCUUCGGGAACGUUGCUUUGGACCACUAUUUGAGCUUCUUUCACAUGAUAAGUAUGCAGAAAUAUGGGUCCUUGAUGAGGAGGAUCCUUUUACAUCAGUUGAGGGUGCAGAAUCUGUUGCAGAAGUUUGUUCUAGACUUUCUAUUGCUUUGACGAGAAUGGAAGCAGAAUAUGAAGGAUGCAACAUUGUAGUUGUCAGCCAUGGCGAUCCUCUCCAGAUUUUCCAAGCUAUACUCUGUGCAGCAAAAGAAAACUCAUCUUCAGAAGCAGGAGACAUUUGUUCAAGAAUAGAGCAGGCAAUGACCCAUCCAGUCUUAUCCCAACACCGAAAGUUUGCCUUGCUCACAGCAGAACUACGACAGAUAAAAUAAAGAAAAUUUACAUAUUUACCAUUCAAUUCCUAUGUAAUUUACAUAUUUAUUGUUUAAACUUCAAUUUUUACAUGCAUACUGCUUUACCUAUGAAUGAAAUGGGACUUUUCACUUCUUAAAUGUUAAAACGGUGGUAUUUUCAUGUGAUACGAGAGAUUUGGGUGGUAUCCAUGUAAAAUGUAUAAUUUAGGAGUUAGAUAUGUUAAAUUAUAGGAUUUUGGUGGUAUGUAUGUAAAUGCCCCGGAUAUUUCUGUUAAAAUUUCCGUUAAACAGAGAGGCUGAAAGCCGCUGAGCUGCACAAUGACAUAGAUAUUAA